UGGAUCGAUCGCGGCAUGGCGAUCUCUAGCCGCGCUGAUCUCUGGCUGCGUGAUCCAAGGCCUUUGACGCCGAUGUCAUCGCUGGGAUCAGCUGGGUGCGCGUCAAUUGGACGUCGAUCGAAAUCUAUCAUUUGCUCCUCCAAGAAUGCGGCUGAAGCGAGUCCGGCGAGCUACAAGGAGUUCAAGCUCUCGGAUUUUUCGCUCUGUCCUCACGUUAGCAUCGGCUUGUCAGGGAGAAGCGAUGAGCUCUUGUUUGAAGGAGUGGUGCAAAGUCCCAGCAGUGACUUGAAAGGCAUGCGAGUGGUUCUCAGGCAAUUAACCGGUGCUCGAGCUCAGCGUAGAGGAAAACGAGCUUUAGAGAUAGUCUCCAAACUGAUUUGUAAGCAAGAUAUAUUUCAUUCUUAUGCGACACGAGUGCAUGGCUUUAUUCCGUCGUCCGACCAAGAUUCUCUAACGCUUGUCCAUGGUUACUAUGGAUGCUCUUUACACCAAUGGCUACUUUGUGUGGACUGGCUGCCAAAUCUCGAGCAAAGGCUUGCACUCGGCGAGGAAGCUGCUCGAAGAGUGGGAGAUCAUACAACUGGUGGCCCGGAGGUGACUCGACAACUUCGACUUGUUCGAAUGAUAAUGCGCGACAUUUUAAUCGGGGUAAACUACUUACAUAGCCAAGGUCUUGCUCACACUGAAUUACGAUUGAACAAUAUUCACAUUAGUGCGGCCGAUAGGCACGUCAAGGUUGGAAUUUUAGCAAAUGCAGUAGAAUUUUCCGAAGUUGAUGAUCAAGUUACUGUGCCAUCUGGGAGUCAGCUCAAGAAUCGUCGCAAGCAAAUCAUCGCUUAUGACAUAAGAUGCGUAGGCUAUGUGAUGGCACGAAUGGUCCUUCGGGAACUCAUGGAUCCUUUAAUUUUUUCUCACUUCAAAACCUUUCUUAGAAAGGGCCAUGAUCCUGUAGGCCUCCGUGAGUUCCUCCUCCCCCAUUUACUUUCCAAAUCGCCUUCUGGAAGCACAGGCUUACAGAUUCUCGAUAGAGAUGGUGGCGCUGGCUGGAAUUUGUUAGCAGCCAUGCUUGCCAUUGAUCCUGGAAACCGAAUCAGUUGCACAGAUGCAUUAAGGCAUCCGUUUCUGUGUGGACCAAGGUGGCCAGUGAAUUCCUCCAUUGAUAUGAUACGCUGGAGUCUAGGCUCCGCUGCGAUCAGAAUUGUAGAAGAAUACAUUUACAUGACUCAUCAGCGAAACAGGCUAGCACAACUCAUUGAUCUUCUAGAACGAGUAAAUUUCACGACAAGACGCGAGGAUUGGAUGAAAACGCUACCAGGAAAAUGGAGGCUCAUCUAUCACACAAGCAGGCAAAUUGGACUUACAACGCGACAGGCUUCUCCGCCAGUUCUCAUCAAAGACGUAAUGCAAACCAUCUCCGUGACAAGCCAAACUCUCGCCUCAACAGUGGACGUGACCUUCACAGUGCUCCCGAGCGACACAAACUGGCCUCACGACAAGUCUGGAAACAGCGGCCGGAUCCAAAUCAACGCCACAAACAUCCAGCUCCGGCAAGGCGAGCGCCUCUACCAAACGGACACCGAAGUCAUCGACCAGAGCCCGGCGCUGGAGAGGCUGCGAGAAGUGGAGAGCUCGGCAACCAGAAAGCGCAAAGGACUGGGCCACUUCCUCCCAAAGGACGCGCCAAAGUCACUCCCCAUCAUCCGGCUGGACGUGGACGAGUUCGACAUCGGCAUGGAGCUGGAGGAGGCCCUGCCGGACGCAGACUGGGCCCGCCGGAUCGUGCAGGAGGUCCGGCUCCAGCUCCCAAAAGAGAUCUUUGCAGUGUCCAAGCUCGCCUGUGCGACUUACGUCGACUCGCGGCUGUUGGUCCUGCGUGGUAUCACUGGUGCUGCGUUGCUGUUCAUCAGGUCCCCCAUGAAAUAGAGAACCAAACCUUGUUCCGUGCUC